UUUUUUUUUUUUUGAAAAAUGAGCUUUCAAUUUCCCUUAAUUCUUGACGGCGGAUUUGCCACCGAGCUGGAAAGAUCUUUUGGAAAAGACUUAUCAGGGAAACUUUGGUCUGCCACAUGUAUUCGGGAUGACCCUGACGCCAUUAAAUCCGUGCAUAGAUCAUACUAUGAAGCGGGGGCGACAGUAGCUACGACCUGUAGUUAUCAAGCUUCUUUACAAGGUUUUGCUGAAGCAGGUUAUACGAGGGACCAAGCUAUCGGAUUCAUGCAGAAGAGUGUUGCAUUAGCUUGUCAAGCACGUGAUGAAUACGAUCAGGCACAUCCCAACUCAAAUAAAUUAGUAGCUCUUUCGAUGGGUUGCUAUGGUGCCGUGUUAGCGAAUGGAGCAGAAUACACAGGUGAUUACGGUAAUGUAUCUGUCCAAGAUUUAGUGCGUUUCCAUAAAGAACGACUGGAUAUCUUUUUGUCGACUCGUGAUACAAAAGUGGAUAUGAUUAUCUUUGAGACGAUUCCCAGUUAUUUGGAGGCGCAGGCCAUUGCAGAAGUAGUGAAAGAGACAAAAUUACCACCUGUGGCAGUAGCGUUUCAGUGUAGAUCUGGAGACCAAAUUGCAGAUGGCACAAGUGUUGUGCAGGCAUUAGAGGCAGUAAACAGUAGUGAGAUAUUCGCGACGGGUGUGAAUUGCACGAAACCCGAGUUUGUACAGACAUUACUGGCUAUUGUAUAUGGAUACCAUACCGAGAAGAAGACAGGACAAGCCUUGAUUGCUUAUCCGGAUGGAGGUGAAUCGUGGGAUGCCGUAGCAAGACAAUGGGAUUCGACCUCGAGGUUACCAGAGGAAGCGUUUGGGUGUAUGAUGGCGCAAUGCAUGAAAGACUAUGGACCCCGUGUUCUUGUUGGAGGUUGCUGUGGUACAGGGCCAAAUCAUAUCAAGAGUAUUUUGGAAAAUUAGACUUUUUUUUUUUUAGUUUCUGCACUAAAAAAAUUAUGCAGCUUAUAAAAAAUGUUUCAUGUAUUUUUCUAAAUGCUUAACCUGGUAAAGAAAGAGAUUAAUGACACAUUUAAAGUAUUUUGUCAGCGUCAUCCACGUUUUGUAAUGCAUAUUUCUUUUAUAAACUGUUUCAAUG